AUGCCGGCGAAAUCGCGUUUCACAAGGCUAGAUGCCUUUGCUAAAACAGUGGAGGAUGCGCGCGUCCGUACCACCUCCGGAGGUGUCAUCACCAUAGCCUCGUUGCUGGUCAUCCUGUGGCUUGUGUGGGGUGAAUGGGUGGAUUACAGGCGGGUGGUUGUUAUGCCCGAACUGGUGGUAGAUAAGUCAAGAGGCGAGAAGAUGGAGAUUCACCUGAACAUAACCUUCCCCCGUCUUCCCUGUGAGCUCCUGACUCUGGACGUCAUGGAUGUCUCUGGCGAGCAACAGACCGGUGUUGUCCACGGUAUCAACAAGGUGCGCCUUACUUCUGCCGCAGAAGGAGGCCGCGUCAUCGACGUUAAGGCCCUUGAGCUUCACUCCAAGGAUGAGAGCGCCAAGCAUCUCGACCCUGAUUACUGCGGUGAAUGUUACGGCGCGACUGCUCCUGCCGGUGCAAGCAAACCUGGAUGCUGCAACACCUGCGACGAAGUCCGUGAGGCCUAUGCACAGCAACAGUGGGCAUUCGGAAAGGGCGAGAACGUUGAGCAGUGCGAGCUUGAGGGCUACGCGGAGCGCAUCGAUGCGCAACGCCGUGAGGGCUGCCGCCUUGAGGGUGUCCUCCGUGUGAACAAGGUGGUCGGUAACUUCCACAUUGCUCCGGGUCGCAGUUUCACCAGCGGAAACAUGCACGUCCACGACCUCGCAACCUUCUUCGACGCCGAAUUGCCCGAAUCUGAGAGACACACCAUGACUCACGAGAUCCACCAGCUGCGGUUUGGACCUCAACUUCCCGACGAGCUCUCUGAUCGCUGGCAAUGGACUGACCACCACCACACCAACCCUCUGGACAACACCAAGCAGGAGACAAACGAGCCCGGCUACAACUACAUGUACUUCGUCAAGGUGGUGUCGACCUCUUAUCUUCCCCUGGGUUGGGAUCCGUUGUUCUCGUCCUCCAUCCACUCCGCGUACGACCAGGCCCCUCUUGGCUCCCACGGAAUUGCCUACGGUGCUGAGGGCAGCAUCGAGACACACCAGUACUCUGUGACCUCGCACAAGCGCUCGCUGAUGGGCGGAGACGCCUCCGACGAAGGCCACAAGGAGCGUCUGCACGCCGCCAACGGCAUUCCAGGAGUCUUCGUCAACUACGACAUCUCCCCCAUGAAGGUCAUCAACCGGGAGGCCCGUCCCAAGACCUUCACCGGUUUCUUGACUGGCGUGUGCGCCAUCAUCGGUGGUACCCUGACCGUCGCGGCAGCCCUAGACCGUGGUCUCUACGAGGGUGUCAGCAGGAUGAAGAAGCUCCACUCGAACUGA